AAAACCAAAGAAAAAUAAACUAACAUAUCCCACAUUCCCACCACCCAAGCACCUCUCUCUCUCUCUCUCUCUCUCUCUCUCUUUCUCUCUCAACACAUUGCAGCCAGGCAACUGACUGCAUAUAUCUGAAGGGAUCUUUGGCCAUUUUUUUGGAGCAAAUGGACUUGGAAUCAAGAAGUACUCAUGGAGAAUACAAGAAAGAAGAAUUAGAGAAAGGGGAAGAGCAAAAUUUUCAUGUGUUAGCAGUAGAUGAUAGUCUUACUGACAGAAAGCUCUUGGAGAGGCUCCUAACUGUUUCUUCCUACCAAGUGACUUGCGUGGAUUCUGGAAACAAAGCUUUGGAGUACUUGGGUUUGCUUGAUAACAACAGUACUGAUUCCACAAGUUUUACUUCUUCUUCUUCUUCUUCAUCUUGUACAUCUUCCUCAAGCCAAUCACCACAACAACAGGGAUCAAAAGUCAAUUUAAUCAUCACUGAUUACAGCAUGCCAGGAAUGAACGGUUAUGAUUUGCUGAAAAAAGUCAAGGGGUCUUCUUGGAAAGACAUUCCAGUUGUGGUCAUGUCAUCAGAGAAUGUACCUUCUAGAAUCAAUAUGUGUUUGGAAGGAGGGGCAGAGGAGUUCCUGCUAAAACCUGUUCAGUUAUCGGAUUUGAGCAAGAUUCACUCUCAUCUUUCAAAACCCCUCGUCCGCUCAUCCCAAAAUCGCAACUUGAGUGCGAUCGACAAUAUUCACGACAGCGACAGCAACACCAACACCAACACUAAUGAAAGACGUAACUGUAACGGUAACAAAAGGAAGCUGAUAACUCAAGAGUGCUCAGAAAGAAGACCCAAGAUGAAAGAAGUAGGUUUUGUACAAGUAAUGAGUUCCACAUUUAUUUUUGGUUUUUUGAUUUGUUUCGUUGCGAUAUUUAUGUGCGGACACGGCUUUCCAUUUUUCGCAAUAAAUUAAUUCGGCUUGUAUGGGCAAAAAGCUUCAAUUAAUAAAUCAUCCAUGCAACUUGAGUCAA